AUGGAGAGCCUCGACCCAUCUAACGGCUCCAAGGGCAUGAUGCAUGCAGGGACGUUCAACAACAACGCUUUCCCCACGUCGGAAGGCCUGGUAGCGCUUGAGAUCUUCACACCUCAAAAAAAAGCCGAGCUCAACGUGCUUUUCGAAGUAGGCAUAUAUUCCCAGAAAUAUGCCACUCACUUCGCGGAUGUGCGUGAAAUUGACAGCUUUGCUGGUCCGAUAACUUUCUAUGCCGAAGCAGCUGUCAUCAACGGAGUUUCGGAGGCCGCCUCAGGUAAGCGUGAGAACCGCGACCUGCGCAAUGCACACUUCGCGUUACCGAGGAUGUACUUCAGCAGCUAG